GUUACGUCACGAUAGUUUCAUCGGCUGCAACAAUAAUUAACGUAGAUUAUUUUGUAAGAGAAGAAAAAUGUUCCUAUUGUUCUAACAUUCCUAAAAGGCCAUGGAGAAAAGAGACGAAGGAAUUUCGGGUCCACUAACCGUAGAAAUGGACGAAGGACAACCGUGUGUAAAGUGCAAGAGUCAAUGCCCGGGUUAUAAACCUCACGCUUGGAGAGCUAUCUGCGAUCAUUGUAAAUGCAUGCGUAAGUGGCACGAAAUUCGUCUGGAUGGCGCGACUAACGUCCGAGAUAGGAUAGGACUUAAGAAUAAAGUGGAACAAAACGGAGUACAAGAUAAACGGACUGCCGUAGAGGAAGGAUAUUCGUGGGUACCACCAGGCUUAGCUGCAGACAAAAUCCAAUCGUACUUCGCACGGAUUCCUUCCGAAAAAGUGCCUAAAUCUGGAAGUCCAGGCGAAAAAUAUCGCGAAAAACAACUAAUUAUACAACUUCCCGAUCAAGACUUUUCUAUGGUAUUCUGUAAAUUUUUAGGGAAGGAGUAUCAACAGCUUUAUAUAGACUUUAAUAACGAACGCGAUAAAACAGCAAUGGAUAUCGCUUAUGUCAAAAGUGCUGUGGAACGAACUUCGGAAUGCUACGGUUGUGGAGGGACCGUGAUACGUGGAGAUUUAGCAGUAGUCAAUUCGAAAUUAGGAGAAGAGAAUCCAUUCCAUCCGAGUUGUUUCGUGUGUUCGGUAUGUGAAGAAUUAUUGGUGGAUUUGAUCUGUUGUACUCUAGAAGGAAGAAUUUACUGCCAACGUCAUUACGCGGAACAAAUAAGACCUCGAUGCUCUGGUUGCGACGAGCUAAUUUUUGGUGAAUACACCAAAUUAAUGUCAAAAUACUGGCACCCAAAUCAUAUUUACCGUUUGAAAUGUGAAGAAUCUCCAAGUAGCCAGGAACUUGUAAGGGAGAAUCGUGCAUUUUUUACCCGCUGUUACGAAGAAGCGUAUUGCAAUAUUUGCCACGAAUGUGGAAGAACAAUAGGAGUACAUUCCAAGAGUCUUUCCUACAAAGAUAAACAUUGGCACGAAGAAUGCUUUGUAUGCAAUAAAUGCCGUAUUCCGUUGACAGAAAGAUCUUUCGCCUGGAAAAAUAUCCAAAUCUACUGCGAAGCGUGUUACGAUGCAGCUUUCGCUUCCAGAUGCGAAAAAUGCGGCCAAAUAUUUCGAGCUGGUACAAAAAUGUUAACGCAUGGAGACAAACAAUGGCACAAAGAGUGCGUUCGCUGCGUUGCCUGCGCUAACCUCGUAGGCAACGAAAGCUUCGUUGAAGUAGGUAACGACAUACAUUGCAACAGCUGUUACCAACAAAAGUUCGGUUCAACUUGUGUCGAGUGCCAUCAAAUUGUUACCACCGAAGGUGUUGUUUAUGGCAACAAACUAUGGCACAAUCAAUGUUUCUGUUGCACCAACUGUCUGGUGCGUUUGGAGGUACGUCGAUUCGCACUCAAAGACGAUAAACAGUAUUGUGUCGAAUGUUUCGGAAAUUUGUUUGCAGAAAGAUGCAGCGGCUGCAACGAACCAGUUAUCGGCAUUAGCGGAACUCGCUAUACAUCUUUCGAAGGCCGAAAUUGGCAUAACGAUUGCUUCUUUUGUGCCGUGUGUAAAGCAUCGCUAGUGGAAAAAAAUGCUUUUACAGACGGGACGGAUGUGCUGUGCCCGGGAUGCACUAAAUCAAAAAUAAUGAUGUGAUGCGGUAUUCAUCAAAUUCAAAAAUUUAAAAGAGUCAUUUCGAUAGAAGUAAAAUAAUAAUAAUAAUAAUAAUAAUAAUAAAAUUUAAAAUUGCAGUAUUAUCAAUUUUGUAU